AUGACGUCCCGGCUAAAGCACAAACUGGAGCUGGAAAAUAUCAACUUGAAGAGUGCUUACUUGAACGAGUCAUUCGUCUACAUUGGCACGCCUUUGCCUGCCUUGGCAGAAACCAGAAAGGACAAGUUGGAAUAUGUACCAGAAUGGCAGCAGGAAGCCAGAGAUGAGAAAGGUCGUCGACGUUUCCAUGGAGCCUUCACAGGCGGUUGGUCCGCUGGGUAUGGCAACACUGUCGGGAGUAAGGAGGGAUGGGCGCCAUCGACAUUCAAGUCAUCGAGGAAUAAUCGAGCGUCCGCAUCCCAGAGACCGGAAGAUUUCAUGGACGAGGAGGAUCUGCAACAGAUGAACGAUGAUAGGAAGUUGGAGAAUACGGAUACAUUCAAGAAUGAUGGCUUUGCAGGCACGCGUGAAGAGUUGGCAAACAAGGGUCUUCCAUCGAGUCUGGAAUCCCUCAUCGCUCCAGCGACUACUUCCAUCGGACAGAAGCUGUUGACUAAACUCGGAUGGAGGCCUGGUCAAGGGAUAGGACCGCGGAUAUCCCUACGGAAGAGGAGAAUACAAGAAGGCAAGCUCGGUCGUCUAGGUACCGAAGUACCAGAGGACGAUUUGGACGAUGCCGAAGCUGGGAAACACACAUUUGCACCUCGGGACGUUAAAUUGUUGGUUUUCGAUCCGAAGGAUGAUAGACAAGGACUCGGCUAUCAAAGGGGCAGUGGGUUGGGGAGGCUAGCAGGAACGGCCGCAUUUGGUGCUGCCCGUCGUCCGGAGAUGGACGAAGAUGAGGAUCCUUAUGCUGAGACGUCCACAUCCAACCAACGUUUCGUCUUGGAUCAAGGUGGUGACGACGAAGGAGACAUCAUCAUGGUCGGUGGGCAUGCGGACCGCACAAAGAAUUCGAGGGACACGACCAGUGGGCCCGAUCGCACAGAUCGGUGGCAUGACGGCAGACCAAUCCUGCCGGGCUUCACACUCGACCCCAAAGGUGUGCCACCUGACAAGUGGUUCGAAAUGCCGGAUAUACCGCCUGAUUGGAGACCUAGACCAGCUCGAGUAUGGGGUACGACGCGGAAGUGGGAUGAGACAUCCGCAACUGUCAAAGAGGAGAAGGAGGUGAUCAGGGGCGCACCGGGCAAGCCCUUAUCUUUUGAGGAGCGAGGCGCAGCACUUGGCGAAGAACAACGCAUAUCAAAAGCCAAGUCGGUCUUCGAGUACAUGUCGGAAAAGGAUCGCGAACGACUUGCCAGCAUUGCAGCAGCAGCGAAGACGUCGGCUCCACUGCCGCUCGCCAUGGAUCAGCCAGAAGCCGAAGAAGUCGAAGCUCGUCCGCCCGCGGAAGAUGUGGUGAUACCUCCAUUAUCUCCUCGCACAGCCUCUGCAGCCCUAAAAGGCUUCAUCCCUUACGGUGAUGAUCCGUCGAAGCAAGACCGAUACAGAUCAUAUCUUCAGUCUCAAACACUCCAUACAACUCAACCUGAUCCAGUCCUCCGGUCAGGGACGUUCGACGAGAUCAACAAAGAACUGGAGGACUUCGCAUCUUCUGCCAGAAUCUUCAAGCCUAUGAGCUUUGCCAUGUCUUCUCGUUUCACAUCCGGUUCAGCUUCACUGGCAGCCACGGAUCUCAAGCAGGCAAAACCUGGUCUGCAUCUCUACGAUGCCGAAAAAGCCAAAGCAGAGGCUGCCAAACCGAAAGUCGUGGAAGUUGAGGUGAAAAAAGCCUUGACCCCUCGAGAGCAAGCGGCAGCCAACGGAAUGUACGGCCAGAUGACCCGAGUCAUCAAGGAAUUCUACCCCGUUAAGCUGUUAUGUAAACGGUUCGGAGUGGCCGAUCCCCAUCCCGAAGGAGAUCCAGGUAAAGGAGAAGGAGGGAAUGACAAUUCGGUGGACAAUACCUUUGAGCACGCUCCUCUUCCAACGAACGACGCCUCUUGGGAAGACAAAUUCAUUCAUCAAGAAGCAUCGGCUUCGGAGCCUUCGAACGCAAAUCUGGCGACUGAAGAGCGCAAACCCAGGACGAUCGGAGAAGUUGGAAUGGCGGACGAUGCCAACCAAGGACGUGAUACCCUCAGUUACAUAAAACCCAGCAUUGACAUUUUCAAAGCGAUUUUUGCAUCCGACGACGAGGAUGAGGAGGAAGCAGAAGAAGCUCCGAGUACAAAGCAGGCAAUACAAGCUGUGAAUGGAGUUGGAGCUGGAGAUGAUAAACUCGCUCGACGGGCAGAUCCUUUUCCUGUCAAAGAGGAGGGCCCGGUGGACCUUGCAGUCUUCAAACCCGUAUUCAAGAUUCGGAAGGACGAGCCUGAAUCUGCCGCUGCCAAGGAAGAAAAGAAGAAAGCGAAGAAGGAUAAAAAGAAGCGUAAGGGUGUGCUGUCCUUCGACGUCGGUGAGGAUGGCGACGAUGAUGAGCCUGCCAAGAAAAAGGUAGACAAGAAAAGACUGAAGACGGGAGAAGGUGAGAAGGAGGAAGGUGGAGGUGACGAAGGUGUAUGGGUGGAGAAACCCGAGAUCAAGCCGCGAUUGGUUGGCCGCAAAGGAGCGGCAGAUUACAUGUAA